AUGGCAACGCUUAAUGAAAAGAAGACAUGUAGCCAACGAAUGGAAAAUUUCCAGCGUUUCGUAUGGAACCCAGACACAGGACAGUUAAUGGGAAGAACCUUGAUUAAUUGGGUAUGGAUCAGUCUUUACUACGUUGCGUUCUAUGUGGUGGUGACUGGGCUGUUCGCACUUUCUAUUUUUUCUUUAAUGAUGACACUCAAUCCAUAUACACCAGACUACCAAGAUCGAUUAAAAUCACCAGGGGUGACAUUACGACCAGAUGUGUAUGGCGAAAAAGGACUGGAGAUUUAUUACAAUGUUUCAGAAGAGCACUCCUGGGAAGGUUUUGUUAAGACUCUUCAAAAGUUUCUUUCAGGUUACAAUGAAACUGCACAGCAAGCAAAUAAAAACUGUUACAGGGAAGGAUACUACUUCCAAAAGAAAUUUGAUGCUCCAAACCACACAAAACAUUCUUGCAAAUUUACACAAGAGAUGCUUGGAAACUGUUCUGGUCUUGUGGAUCCCAAUUUUGGUUUUUCAGAAGGAAGUCCAUGUUUAAUAAUAAAAAUGAACAGAAUUAUCAAUUUUCUUCCGGGCAAUGGCACAGAACCAAGAGUAAACUGCACAACACUGGAUGAUGAAAGCCCACUGGAUGUACAAUAUUAUCCUAGAAAUGGAACUUUUAAACUUCACUAUUUCCCCUACUAUGGAUGUAAGGCACAGCCAAGCUACAGUAAUCCAUUGGUAGCAGUGAAGCUUCUCAACGUUCCCAUAAACAAAGGAAUACACGUCGUAUGCAGAGUGGUUGGUACAGGAAUUACUUCAGAUAAUCCUCAUGAUCCAUAUGAAGGAAAAGUAGAAUUCAAAGUCUGCAUAAAAGCUUAAACCAUAACAGCACUGAUUAACUCAAGAGUUAAGAACACUGGACAACACAAUAUUUAUGUAUCAUGUAACUUUGUAUUUAUUUGUAUCAAUUUCUCUUUGAAGUAUCCAUAGUUUAAUACAAUAUAUCUGUGUGCUUUGAGGGGAAUGAAAAUAACAAACUUCCUUGAUGAUACUGUUCAAUUGUAUAGUUUACUUUCAACGUCUAUUUUAGAACUGUGCUUUAUUACACAAGUUGCCUACUUCCAGACACUCAACAGAACACUAGGUUUACUGAGCGUAACUCAAUAAUGACAUGAUUUCAUCAGAGGUACUUAAAUCACUUAAUAUAAAACCAUACAGAGUGCAAAAAACCCAGGCUGAGUCUCCCUUAUCCAAAAAUGUUGGGAUUUUUGAAUACCCUUAUUGGCAUAUACAUACAUAAUGAGAUAUCUUGGAGAUGGGACCCAAGCCUAAAUAUAUCAAAUUUAUGUUUCAUACACAUCUUAAUACUCAGCCUGAAGGUAACUUUUUGCACAAUAUUUUAAAUAAUUGUGCAUGAAACAGCAAGCCACAAAAAAAAGCAAAGGUGUCACCAUUUUAGUCCCCAUGCGGAUAAUUUUGGAAUUCUUGAUAAGAGAUGCUCAACCUGUAGUAAGUUGGUUACAUGUAAUCUACUAUUUGUAAGGGAGUAGCCACCCUUGAGCUUGUAAUAUGUGAUUUUUGAAUUCAAAAUAUAAGGACAUUCCACGCAUCAGUUGCAUAGUACCUACUUUGUAUACUUUUAAAGAUGAUAUUGCAAUAGUGAUGGGCAACCAAGUUUUAAAGCACCUUAAGAAAACUGAAACAUGCUGGAAUCUUUCAUACUUAAAACAUGCUUCCACAAAAUUGCAUGAAUAAAAAUUCUAAUAAAGUACACAUAGACCAAGUACAGACUGUAAUAGAUUGUCCUCAGUGGAAGGCUCAUCUGCACAAACUCCAAGUGAGAGAUGUAUUUACAUGUGCCACAUUUGCCUGUUUUUCCUUUGGUAAACAAUCAUGCCCAUUACAUCUAUGCUGCAGGAAUAAAACUAAACUACCUUAACAAGU